AUGCCUCUGCCAGACAAGUAUGAGCUGCCAGCAGCAGCAGACUUCCACGUCCAUGUCCGAGAUGGGCCCAUGUCUGCUGCCGUCGUGCCCACGAUACGGCAGGGUGGCGUCAAUGUGGCAUAUGUUAUGCCCAACCUCGUCCCUCCAGUGACCACGGUCAAGAUGGCCGUGGAGUACAAAGAGCGCCUGCUGAAGAUUGACUCCAACGUCACCUACCUCAUGACCCUUUACCUCCAUCCCUCCAUCACCCCUGAGGUUGUCCGGGAGGCCAAGAAGGCCGGCAUCGCAGGCAUCAAGAGCUACCCAGCGGGUCUCACCACAAACUCCGAGUCUGGCGUGACAGACUAUGAACAGUUCUACCCCGUUUUCGCAGCCAUGGAGGAGGAGGGCCUUAUUUUGAACAUCCAUGGCGAGUGCGCCAGCGACCACAAGAAGAACAUCACCAUCAUGAAUGCCGAAGCCAGCUUCCUGCCUACCUUGAAGGAGAUCCACACCAAGUUCCCAAAGCUGAAGAUCGUGUUGGAACAUUGCACGACAGCGGAUGCUGUAAAGGCUGUUGAGGCAUGUGGCGACACCGUGGUCGGGACCAUCACCGCGCACCACCUGUUUCUGAUCGUUGAUGACUGGGCAGGCGAUGUGUUUCAUUACUGCAAACCAGUUGCAAAGAUGCCAAACGACCGCCUCGCCCUUCUCCGAGCCGCCGUCACUAGCAAGGGCAAGUUCUUCUUAGGCACCGACUCGGCACCGCACGACAUCAGCGCCAAGAAGGGCAAGGGCAACACCGCGGCCGGCGUGUUCACGCAGCCCUACGCCGUCGCGUACGUCCUCACGGCGCUGGAGGAGGCCGUCGCCCGGGGGGACAUCGAGGAGGGCCAGGUCACACAGGAGCUGCUGGAGGGCUUUCUUGGCGGGUUCGGGCGCGCGUUCUACGGGGUCGAGGCGUCAAAGGAGAGGAUCGUGGCCGAGAAGAAGGACGAGGUCGUGGUGGAGAGCAUCAAGGGCGAGGGCAUCGAGGUCGUGCCUUUCAGGAAGGGCAAGCCUACGUGGAGUGUGCGAUGGCUGGUUGACCGUGGCAUGAACCACUUCACUAUAGACAGGGCCGGCGGUCACACCGAAUGCAAAAGACCAAACACCGCACGCCGGAAACUUCUGUUGUGA